GAAAACACCAGCAACCUGGCAGAGCGAUUGAAAGAACGAGAUAGAGUUCUCACUCGAACCAAAAUUUCCGAUUUGAAGCAUUCAACCCCUCCUUUCCAACCAAUGAUGAAGUCAUUCAAGCACUGACGUCAUCCAACUUCUCGCCUCGCAUAAAACGACCUGGAAGCCAGUCCCAUCUUCAAUUCUCUCCACCUCACCAUCUCCAACCAAUUGACCACUACCAUAACAACAACAUCAAACAUGCUCGACUCCAUCCCCGUCACUCGCAGCCGUCGCAGCGACGAUCUCACCCGGUUAGCCGAGCAACACCUACAGCACGACCUCCAGCCCUCCGACCGCGACGCCUUGCAAUCCGCCGCCCGCACCGUCUCCCUAUGGACCACCGUGGGCUCCGCUCUGGGCAUCGGACUGGGCUUGUAUACCGCCUUUAGGCUACGCAGCUCGCGCCGGGCCUUCUUUGAGGUCUUUCGUGCGCAGGAGAAGCCCACGAAGGUGGUAUUCGCCGAUGGACGGACAGAAUCCAUCCCGGAUGUCACUCCGCUGCUGAAACCCACCACCUUUGGCGACUUCGCAACCUACUUCUUCGCCUCGGCGGGAGGAUUGUUUUUGGGGGGAGAAUUAGGCUUGCUCGGGGGCGCGUCGAUGGGCAGUCGCAGCAUCACCAAGGAGCCGGAGCGGCGGCGGCGUAUCGAGAAUGCCUUCCGGCGGUUCCGGGCGGAUGUGCUGCGGCGCGAGGCGGAUGAGUUGGACGGGGAUCGGAAUAUCAUUGAAAAGAUGUUUUGA